GAAAAUUCAAUUUCUACAAUUAAAAUGCCAAAUAAUUCAUUUCAACAAACUUUAAAAAUAAUUGAACCAAAAACAAAAACCGGAUGGAAAAAUAAAAUUAUGGAACAAAAUUAUUUAAAUUUAGAAAAGGCAAUUCAUCGAUAUAAAAAUAGUUUUGUUGAGAAAUUGGGCAUGGAUGGAGUUUUAAUCUUUCAGUAA